AUGGCAACGGCGGUGUCUACCCGGGGCACUCUGACGCCGAACGCUUCCUUGCCAGCCAAGGUCCAGUCGAUCCCCCCCAACCAAACACUCUACGUCACAAACCUUCCCUCGGCGAAAAUCCAAAAAGACGACCUGCGAACGGCGCUCUACCUAUUGUUCUCGACGCACGGGACCGUACUCGACGUCGUCGCCCUCAAAACCAUGAAGAUGCGGGGGCAGGCUCACAUUGUGUACCGCGACGUGCAGGCUUCAACGCAAGCAAUGAGGCACCUGGACGGACGGAUGUUUCUCGGCCGCAAACUCAAAAUCGAAUACGCCCGAGGAAAGUCCCACUUCGUGGCCAAGCUGGACGGCACGUUCAAGAUGCCCUCCGUCUCGGGCGCGGCGACGGUGGAGCAGACGGAUCUUCAGCGUAGCAUCUUCGACGCCCCGACGGCCGGCUCCGCGCCCGCCGAUGGCCCGUCGUCCAAGGCUGCCAAGGCGGCAGACGAAGUCAUGAAGGACGCCGAAGCGACCGAGCCCCGUGGACAGAAGCGAACACGAGACGAGGAGGAGGCCGAGGAGAGCGAGGAGGAGGACGUCGAGAUGGAAGAGGAUAGCGAUGAUGACGAAUGA